UCCUGUUCACCGGAUCUUGACAUAUCGUCGAUAUUGGUAAACGGAUACUCUCCCUAUAGUGGGAGUCCAACAUCAUACAUGCAAGUGUACGUUCACCAACACCUUACUAUAUGCAGGAUCAAGAACAAUAGCAUCAAUUCUACUUGAUUUUGUUUGCUUUAUAUCUUAAAUUUAAGAAUUACAACUUAUUCCAUUUGCAGACAUCGCUUCUCGCCAAAUUGCCAAAUCGCAGAAUAGAAUUGAGUUCGUUUGUCUCGGUGUGGAGCCAAAGUAAAUAUAGGCCCGUUUGCAUAAUUUAAUUAUUUUUUGAAAAAGAAGAGACGAUUUGUUUUAGGCUUUUUCAGUGGAUCUGAAAAGUAAUCGGAAGUUACUGGUUUUGGACUCUUUGAGAAAGAAUCAACAGGAUUUUUUAUUAAUUUAUAUUUCGAUUUUUUGAUAUUUCACUUCAUAGAUUCAAGCUCCUCCUGGAAGAGGGCAUGGAUUGCUAAACCAAAGUUGAAUCAAGGGUACAAAUUUGAAACGUCAAAGAUUGACCUACAAACAAAAAGAAUUGCGUACCUCUUCCUCAUUAAAAUUCUUGUGAUUAUGACUUUCUCUAUUAUGCAAUGGUUAUAUACUCAAGAUGAGUCUGAUGAGGCCUUUCUGAAAUUUGUACUUUUCCUAUUUAUCACCUUCUUUUCUGCAUUGGGUGCACUUCUGUUUAUUACUUUACUUUUGCUUUUGCUUCGGUACUCUGGCCAUGCCAGGAUUUUGCUACGAAACAAUACGCCUGGUGAACUGGAUGAUGAAGCAAUUGAGAAUGAAAACAUUGAUGAAGAAGGAUUUGCACACCUAAGUGAACCUGGAAAAGAACGAUUCUUGCAGGCUCGUGAGUUUGAGAUGAGUGCUGCUCAAUCUCGCAUCAACACGGAUGCGAAAUUAAUUGAUUUUUUGCAAGUUCAAGAAAAAGGGGUGUUUGCAUGGCAUUUUAUGCCUAAUUUGGACUAUGGUGCUUAUGCAUCUAACCGCACGGAACUUUCCUUUACUCAAAAGGAAGAAUGUUGUCUUCAAACAAAUCUCCCAUUGCAACGGAUUAACGAAGUGUAUUAUUGGGAAGCCAAGUUGUUGGAAGUUGAUGAAAAUACUACAAUAUCUAUAGGACUAACUACGAAACCGUAUCCCCCCUUUCGCAUGCCCGGUUGGAAUUUCUGGUCGCUAGCUUAUAUUUCCGAUGGAACUCGGAGAUGCAAUUCGCCUUUUACAAAUAAACCAUAUGCAUCAUUUUAUCAAAAAGGAGACGUCAUUGGUGUUGCUUACAAGCCGAAAGUGAACAGAAUUUUCUUUACGAGAAAUGGCCGUCGCUGUGCUGAAUUGCCGUGUACAUAUCGAAACGUGUAUCCGACAGUAGGUGCAACAGGUCCAUGUGUUGUCCAUGUCAACCUUGGCCAAGCUGGAUACGUGUUUAUCGAAGCAAAUAUCAAAAAGUGGAGAUUAGCUCCUCCGGCGGGAAGCUUGGCACCUCCUCCUUCUUAUUUUACACCGCAACCGACCGUAAAUUGGGACACGGUCAGUGAAUCAUCUGUUCAGACGGUUACACAAGCAGAUGUAAAUCCACCGCAAAUUCCGCAAUCAAAUUCGAAUUCGCACACUACAAAAAGUGAAUCCCUUUCCUCGUAUAAUACAGCGUUUCAAGGGUUUCCUUCUUCCUCUUAUGCUCAAUCGUACCCCAUGCAUUCAAUGUCUGCACGUUCCAAAUCUGAUGGUGAGCAGCAAUAAAGGAUGGCUUUCGAUAUAUAUUUUUCAUCGGACUCCCUUUUCUGCUAUACAAUGCAUACUUGAUUUUUUUUCGAAAUAGUGUGAUGGUUUCCUUUGCACUGUUGAACGAUGUCCGGUUGGAAGGUUCGUGAAAUUCAUGCAUGCGAUUUCAACUCAUCCUUAUGAAAGAUCGAAUAAUUUUAUUUAUUUUUUUUAAACAUAAUGAUAUGGUUAAUAAUUUGAGCCAAGAUUCUUCUCCAAAGCUCAAUUUUAAAAUGAGCGAAAACAAACAGCAGAUCGUCGAAAUGGUUUUUCUUGUUCCUUUUUCCUAAUAAAAAUGAUGUUGCAAGACUUGUAUGAAAGACUUUAAAAUGCAGUGUGAUUAAAGAAGCAUAUUAUUUAUUAUUAGCUACAGCUUUUUCAAGAAAUCGACCAUUUCUUAAGUUCGCAUCUUUUCUUCCAUAUGGACUAGUAGACUGAACUAGUCAAUGAAACUAACUCACUCUUAUCCAUA